AUGGGGAGUGGAGGUACUCCUAUUAAAUUUGGUCCAGAGUGGCUUAGAAACUUGGGUGAAGGAACAAACCAGGGUACAUCUCCCAGACAAAACAAUCAGAAUAAUCCUGGUGUAUCAGAAUCACCUCAGGGGACUAAUAGCAGAGGACUAAAUAAUCUACAAUCAACUCGAACACCUAGCCGAGAUACUAUUGUUGGUACGUCACCAGGUUCCACAACACAAUUGUCAACAGGCUCACAAAAUUAUCGGCAGAAUAAUGUGUCUAGAAUUCACCUAGCUAAUCUCAGAUAUGGAAGAGAGGAAAUGUUAGCACUUUAUGAUAGAAUGGUUGCGGCACCAGAACAAUUAAAGCAAUUUGAAUUAUUGUAUAAAUCAAGGGGAAAUCCACCAUGCGCUUUAAACAUUUUUAAAGAUGGUCAAAAUGUUCCUGUUGAAGGCGCUACUGGUGGUCAAAUUGGUGGGACUGGCCCAACAAGUUACACUGGACGUGGUCGUGGGAAUGGGGUAGGGACGGUAUAUCCUAAGAAACCAACAACAGUGAGACCAAAUGCCACUAAUCAAGGAAGGGAUUGGAAUAAGGUAAGAACAGAUCCUGCACAGGGUGCCUCUGUGCCUCCAAACGAAGAGGUCAGGAGGUCUUGGAAUACAAGUAGUGCACCUAGAGCAACUAGACAAGCAACAACAGAACAAUCUGGUUGGGCAUCAACCAAAUUGUUCAGAAACAGGCGACCAAUACGAAGUACUAAUUGGAGACAAUCAGGCAGGGAGGAAGGGGAUGAAUGGCGGUCCCAAGAGCAGACCUCUAGAUUUCCCAAUCCUGAGCGGGAAUGGCCGGAAAGGCCGUCACAGGAAACACGUCAGUCUUGGAAUUCUAAUCGUCGUCCCUGGAACGCAGCUCCAAAUGACGAAAUACCAGAGUGGGCCAAUGAUAAUGCAGACGCGGGUGCGGGCACUUUCGAUUCGUCCGGAGCAUUUCAUGGAUGCAGUGAUGAACCUCGGCCACCAGAACAGACUUUCUCUGUAACGCGAAACCAAGAAGAGGCGGCUGAACAGUGGUGGUCAUCAGAAAAAGCUAAAAAGCUCUCUCCUAAACGAUUAACCUCAGAGAGGACACAGGGACAAGCCUCUACAUCUGACGACGCAAGCACUGAAACUGCUCCAACCAAUGAAAAUGAGUCGGAAGUUACAAUGACCGAGGGUGUACCUGACAAUGAUGUCAAAACUAAAAAUUAUGAUGCUACAAUGCGUCCAGAUAUCGAUGGCGGCAACGAAAGUAACAAUCUUAGUAAUUUCCAAUCCGUCAUGAUUUCUCAAAACAACACUCUGCGUCAAAAGCACCAGAAUAUUGUGACCUCAACUUGUUCUUCUUCUACAACUCCACUGUGCAGCUCAUAUGCUAUUUUUACCGAAAAUAGCGUUCGAGAAGCUGAGCAGCCAAAUAAUGUGCAACAAGAAAAAUUAUUUGAGGAGCUCUCAGAUGAUAACAAUAUGCCUGUUAGAAAUAAUGCAAUACCAAACAAGCCUUGUGGGCCUCCUGUUGACAUGUCUGUAUUACCACCGGGGCAACCAGGACAGCAUGGAGGCCUAGUUAAUACGCUAAUGCAAAUAGGACCUUCCACAACUGGUCUAGAAGUCCACAAUGCGCCAAGCACUACACAUAUACCAAGCACAGGGCAAAAUAGUAUUGCAUCCCUAGGAUUACAAAAUUCAGCAUCAGGGACUACUUUAAAUAUACAGAAAAAUGAAAUGAUGAUGCCGCCCCUCCAUGGAUUACCACAAAUGAUGUCAAACACUGCAUUUAACCCAGGAAUGAAUAUGGCUAUGCCUAUGCCUAUGCCUACUAUGCAACACCAUUCAAAUAUGAUGGAUGCAUUUCAACAAAGUGUUCGUCCACAUGAUAUGACACAAUCCAAUGCUUCUGUGCCGUAUAUAGGACAGAAUAAUAAUGUGGCAAUGGGUAACAAUCUUCCACCAAAUCCUGCACUGGGAAUCUGCAUGUUCCCGCCUCAAGGAAUUCCAAGGCAUGCUGCCCAACCACCUCCACUAAAUUCAGUUUACGUUGGACCGUCAGUUAUAAGUAAUGCUCAAAACUUUUUAGCCGAUUUGUGGUAUUACGAGGACCCAGAGAAAAAAAUACAAGGACCAUUUACAUCUCAAGAAAUGUGGAACUGGUACGUAGCUGGAUAUUUCCAGCCUUCCCUGAUUGUACGCAGAGCUUUUGAGAAUACGAUGCGCCCUCUAGCUGAUUAUGGACCGAUGCCAUUCUUCAAAGGGGGAAUGAACUCACAUGUUAAUUGCCCACGCGCGCCCGACGGAAUUAUUCCACAAGCCGGUUUUGGAUUAGGCGAGACGUCUCGUGUAUGGAGCCCGGCUCCACAUAAUCAAAAUGCAAUUUGGACGGAACCAAUGUUGUAUCCUGAAUCAAAUGUCAAUAACCUUCCGAGGCACUUCUGGGACGUCGAGCCGCCUGCAAUGCCUUCUAAAACUAUUAUACUGCCUAAGGACAUGAAAACGGAAGAUGAGAUUUUAGCACAAAUUUUAAGUUCUCAAAAUAUACAAUUACCUGGGGUACCUGCCUCCGAAAAUAUGACUCCUCUAAACAAUGUACAUACAAUGAAUGCCAACGGCGGUUUCCCUAAACCACCCGUUGUUCCUGAUCUCUCACAGUUACCAGCUAUUCAACCAGAAAUGAUUCCUCGAUAUUCGCCGACUACAGUUGAGUCAAAACCAGAAAGAAAAGAAUCAGAGUUAUUGCAGCCUACAGUGAAUCCAGUACCAGUAGAACCCGAUGCCGAGAGUGCUAAAGUACCUCCUUCGAAAGGAGAAGUUAAGAUUUUAAAGCCUAAUAAAAACGAAACGGAUAAGAGUAAAAACAAAGACGCUUAUAGUACAAAAACGAAAGCUAAAAAACCAAAAGAGGAAAUCAAGGAGAUAAAUGCUACAGUUACUACUGAUGAAGUGGCAUCGAAGUCACAGGGAAAAAGAUCUGUUGAGUCAUCACCUUCGAAGUCAAGUAAGGAUGUAAAAGUUCUUAACAAGAAAGAGCUGGAAAAAGAAAAAAAGGAAUUAUUGAAGGAUGGUUUUACAAUUGUGAAAGGGGCUGAAAAAAAUAAUAACAAGGAGAUCAAAAAAAAGGUGGAAGAGGCCAAAGCUGUCGAAGAAGCUGCUCGUAAAAAAAAAGAAGAAGAAGCCGUGGUAGCAGCGGACGAAACCAGAAGGAUUGUUUUAGCGACAGCCAUCAAAAAGCAAGUAGAUCAGCAACAGCAGAAGCAAGUAGCAGACUCUGUCGCUAAGAAAGCUCCCUGGUCAGCAGUGGCCACUCAAGCAGCUGCUACAAGCAAAAGUGGAUUGACGUUAGCUGUAAUUCAAAGGCUCGAGCGGGAAAAAAAAUUGGAACAAAUAAAGGAACAACAGCAGAUGAUGCAGAUUAUUGCUCAGCAGCAGGCCGCAACAUUGGCCAGAGAACAGGAAGUGCAAGCCGGUCUUGGUUGGGCUACAAAGAAAAAUCCAAAUGCUACUUCACCAAACUUAGCUGAAAUUCAGUCAAAAACGAGGCGGCAGGCAGCAUCUUCGACGGCUACAUCGGAGGUUUUAGAGGAGAUCUCACAAUCAUCCCCUGUUGCGCCGAACCAUGUGCCUUGGGGAAGUGGCUCAAAUGGUGGUUUUUGGGAUUCCCCAAGUCAACGAAUUAAAUCAGAUCCAGAGAAAAGUGAAUCUAAACCAGUUGAGACUACAAUUAAAUCUAAAUCACCAGUACGGGCAGAGCCUUUAAAGAAGAAAACGCCCGCUAUGGAGUUUGAUGCUUGGUGUACCCAGGCCUUAGGCUUAUGGAGUUCCAACAUUGAUGUGCCGACUUUCAUGGUUUUCCUCAAAGACAUAGAGUCGCCUUACGAAGUUAAGGAUUACGUCAAAUACUAUCUUGGCGAAUCCAGAGAGUCGAUCGACUUUUCUAGGCAAUUCCUUGAACGAAGGUCGAAAUUGCUGCGGGUCGGUAUGGUGACGCCAUCGGACGAUCUCUGUUCGCCAGCGCUUGCCAUCAAUCCUCGCAAUAAUUCAAUCUCCGACUAUCAAGAGGUUAAAGGUAAGGGUAAGAAAACAAAGAAGAACAAAAUGAUGAAAGUGGACGCUCGCAUACUGGGUUUCUCAGUUACGGCAUCCGAGGACCGCAUAAAUGUAGGCGAUAUUGAUACUGCAUGA